GAAAAUAAUUAUGGCAUCAUCAUCUUCAAGCUUGUACUCAAAUUCACCAUGUGCUGCAUGCAAGUUUUUGAGAAGGAAGUGCAUGCCAGAUUGCAUAUUUGCACCAUACUUCCCACCAGAAGAACCACAGAAAUUUGCAAAUGUUCACAAAAUAUUUGGUGCAAGCAAUGUGAGUAAACUUCUGAAUGAAGUUCAACCUCAUCAAAGAGAAGAUACUGUCAACUCUCUUGCCUAUGAAGCUGAGGCAAGGAUUAAAGAUCCUGUUUAUGGUUGUGUUGGUGCUAUUUCAGUCCUCCAAAGACAAGUUAUUAGUCUCCAAAAGGAACUUGAUUCUACUAAUGCUGAUUUGGUUCGUUAUAAUGAAAUAUUGCCCAAUCAUGCAGGACCUUCACCACCUCCUCCUCCAACUUUUUACUAUCCUUCACCUUGGAACAAUAAUGAUCCUCAUGGGAAUGCUUAUCACACAGGUGGAGGUGACAAUAUAUAAUAUCCCUACAGGGAC